AUGGAGAACUAUUCCUCCACCAAGAAACUUAUCAACUUCAGAGGAACUGAAGGAGAAGACUUUGAAUAUUUCAUCGAAUCUCUGUAUGAAUACUUCGGUAUAAGAAACAUUACAGUAGAAAAGCAAAAAAUAUUCCACUUAAAAUCCCUUUUACUUGGCCAAGCAAAGAUCACCUUCAACCACUUCUUCACCAUGGACUUAGAAACAGGAAGCUACGCCGAAAACUUCGUAGAUAUGAUCAAAAUACUACAGGAGAAAUAUGUAAACUCUGGUAACCUCACCGUUAAGCACUAUGACCAAGAGAAUCUCCAAAGGGAAUUUGAUGCCAGACUGGUAGAAGCAGCCAGAAUAGCUGGUAUUACAGACUGCAAGAUGGUAGAGCCAAGAUUCAUCAUGGGGAUGCACCCAGAGGUAUAUGAACAUUGUGUGUCACUUGGAGCUCAAACCCAUGCCGAAUAUUUGAAAUAUGCAGAAGGCUAUUACAACGCUUUCGACGCGCCAUAUCUCCCUCGCUAUAACCAACCACCUAACAAUGAACAAGCAAACAUUCCUGAUACAAAAACCUCUAGCACUACCGAAGCUAGCCCGAAUCCUACUCCUGCCAAAGAACCUACCUCCUCGCUAUCUCCAGAAGAGCUAUUAAAGGCUAUAAGGACUAUGAUCAAAGAAGAGAUAGGAAAGAACAAUAAGAAGGAGGCCGCCCAAAAUACGAAGCACGAAGAGAAAAACUCAUCUCACAACUCCAGUAACCCUAACUACAAGGGAAAGCACUAUAAUCCUAACUACCAACCCCAAUCACAAGGCUAUGUUAACAAUAACUAUCACCAUCAUGGAGGUAAUACCCAGGGACCUCAAUCAUCCAAUCAACCAACAACAGGCAAUAACUAUGGACAACCUAAUUAUGUCCCAACAUAUCAUCGAAGCAUUCCCCACCUGAAUAACUAUAGACCAAACAAUCACGCUAAUCCCCCUAGAAAUGGUACAUACCAACAACCAGCCACCUUACCGCCCUCUACAAACCAUCCAGUGGUCCAAGCCCAAAGCUUCAAUACUAUAACAACUGAAGUGAUUGAUGCUCCGGUAUUGAUUGAAGGCCAUUACUACUAUCCGAAGCGCCCAACUGACCAAUUCUUACCCGAAUACGCUGAAGAGUCAAAAAACUGCAACGGCCAAUUUCGUACUCCUGCCACUGGACCCUAUCUCGAACAGGAAUACGCAGAACACAAAAACAACCGCAACAAAGAACCUGACCCAAUCAAGUUACCAGAAGUACUGACCAAGCCGCCACCACCAAAAAGUACGCAAGAACCUAUGGAAGUCGAUGAACAUCCCCCUCGCAAAACGGUACAUUCGAUUAACACUCGAAUCAAAGAAGUGAAAUACGACGCAGCAGAGGACUUGUUACAAAGACAACCUAAAAUCACAUUCGAACAACUACUCUAUCUGAUUCCAUCAUUAAAGAAGACAGUCAGGGAAGGAAUCCGAAAGGUGUCCAAAUUUAAUAUAGCCAGCACACUGCAAACCAAAGAAUUAAACCUUGUCGCCACCAUGGAUCUCGAUGGUACUGAUAACACCGCUGCCUUCACUCAAAUAAAGAUCAACAACAAAGUGAUUCAGCACAGCUUAGUUGACUGUGGAGCAUGCCGAACAAUCAUGUCGCAGGAAGCAAUGGAACAACUAGGACUGGAAAUUGAUGCUAGCUCUUCAACGAUAUUCACCCUCGGUAAUAAGACUAAGCAGGCCUCGCUGGGAUUGAUUUACGAUGUACCAGUAACCUUAAAUAACGUAACCAUACCUAUCACUAUGGAAGUCAUCCCCAAUUCGCCAUCUCUUGUGUGUCGUGAUCGAGGCUAUAUACUUAAUAUAUGACUCUAUCUACACUUCUUAAAUCUUCCAUUUGAUAAUCCUAAAUAUAAUUCUUAUUGGUACUUUAUAUUAAAUACUGAUCAUUUACUUUAUGUACAGUCUUGAUCUCAUAUCAUCCUUCAUACAAGUAUAAGGCAUACAUUUAAAUAAUAACAUAAUAUGAAAACAUAUGAAGGUUACAUCAGCCAC